GCGCUUGAUUUCCGCCUAAGACCUAACGAUCUGACUUUGGUGACAUUGUUUCAAACAGGAAUUGUGGCGCAUGACAAAUUCGUUUUGUCAUCAAAUUGCCAUUAUCAUUUUUAUUCUUUGACUGUCGAAGUGCAGUUAAAAGAAAUACGGGAUCUCUGA